AUGGCUGCUUGGCAAGCUGCGGCUGGCGGUGUUGGUGGCGGAUAUGAGCCCCCAACUUUGAACGUCAGUCGUACAACAACCACGCUGCAAUCCCUGCCUGCAACACCAUUAUCACCACCAUCAACGCCUGGAACCCGCUCAAGGCCAGUCCGAAGCAGUCGUAAACCCGUGCACUAUACCGUCGACUCUGUUGAUUCCGAUUCCGAGGGCUCUGCGUCACCUACUGCGCCCCGACGGCCUCGAGACCCACCGGCUGACUCUGCCUGCGAAGACGCGACAAUCCCUGCCAAGUACGCGCAAUAUCUCUCUUCUGAUUCUGACUGCGAGGAAGAUGCUCGCAUCGAGAGAAGCAUGGGCGUCAUAAGGAAAAAUGCAGCCUCCCGCGGCGGCGACGGUGGUACCAAAUACCAUUGCGACGUUUGCUCCAUCGACAUCACCUCGACUGUCCGCAUAUCUUGCGCGAAUCCUGCAUGCCGCGAAUACGAUCUCUGUGUCCCAUGUUUCGCUCGCGGAGAACACUCUAAAAACCACGAUCCCCGCACACAUGAAUACCAUGUAGUGGAACAGAACUCGAUCCCCAUCUAUGCCGAGGAUUGGGGCGCCGAUGAGGAACUGCUUCUGCUCGAAGGCUCCGAGAGGUAUGGACUCGGUUCGUGGGCCGACGUAGCGGAACAUAUUGGAGGCUACCGAGAAAAGGACGAAGUCCGCGACCACUACAUCAAUACCUACAUCAACAGCCCAUUAUUCCCACUCCCUGAAUUGGCCGACCCUGCAGACACCCGAUUGUUUGAACGCAUACCCAAAGAUGAAUUUCAGGCUCGCAAAAAGCGGCGCAUUGAGGAACGCAAGGAAGCCGCCAAGUCAGCGCCGCCUGCAACGCCCAAGCAGAAGCCUACUGCCUCAGUGCCAGCUUGUCACGAGGUGCAGGGCUUCAUGCCUGGUCGUCUAGAAUUUGAAACCGAAUUUGCCAAUGAUGCCGAGGAAGCUGUUCAGCACAUGUCCUUCGAGCCUGGCGACGGCCUUGACCCUGUAACAGGACAGAUGGACGAAGAGACCACAUUGAAAAUGACAGUCUUCGAUAUCUACAACUCCAGACUAAAGGCGAGAACGGACCGGAAACGAAUCAUUUUCGAGCAUAACUUACUGGAAUACAAAAAGAAUCAGCUUAUCGAUAAGAAGAGAACGAAGGAGGAGAAAGAUCUGCUUCACCGAGCCAAGCCUUUUGCUCGAAUGAUGAAUCAUGAAGAUUUCGAGGCGCUAAACCGUGACCUCCUGCUUGAGCACAACUUGCGCAUUGCCAUCGCGCAGUUACAAGAGUGGAAGCAGAUGGGCAUCAGCGACCUGAGGGGCGGCGAGAAGUACGAAGCUGAUAAACAAGCGCGGGCUCUACGGAAUCAACCUCAGGGACAGUUCGAUAGGAUGCCUCAGAUACCUAAGAAGGGCGGCCAAAUCCAGCAACCCGACCUGCCAACCGAGGCAUCCAAAUUGACCACGCCCGAAUUGCCUCUUCGAUUUCAGCGCAAGCAAAAAACCGUGCCCCAAUUCACUGAUAGUCAGCCAGCCGUGCAGAACGACUUUGACAAACUCUUUGCUGAGGCUGGGGGUCCAGAUAGCGCUGCAGGACCCAAACCCAAAGUUCGCUACGUGGUGCAGCCCUUAAAUGGGACGACUCCCUGGAAAUUAGAAGAAGAUAAAGCCUAUGCGCCCGAUCUGCAACUUCUGAGCGAGGAAGAAAUCCAACUUUGCAAUACACUCCACAUCCGACCGAAGCCAUAUCUUGCCCUCAAAGAGGGCUUGUUGAAAGAAGCCAUGAAACAAGGCGGGCACAUGAAGAAAAAGGAAGCUCGAGGAGUCUGCCGUAUCGAUGUCAAUAAAGCCAAUCGCAUAUUCGACUUUAUGAUACACUCCGGGUGGAUUGCAAAGGCGUGA